AUGGACAGGCCCGGGCCCGCCCGUCUCUUUCAGCCGUCGGCGGCGGAGGCGGACCGGGAGGUUCCCAUCGGCGCCAGAUCCAGGCGCCUCUUGAACGCUUCCAGGGAUGGUGAUUCCACCACAUACCUCCUUGGCUGCAGAAGAGCCUCUGUAGGGAACAGAGCAAACCCGGUGCUGUGCCCCGCAGACAUCGUUAGCAUGCGACAGCCAGCCUAUUGCAGUCCGGGGAGCAGCAGCAGUGCCUCCACGUCUUUGCUGAUUGACCUCACAGCUCCUUCCUAUUUCAAGUACCGCACAGGAACAGAGCUUCAUAUCGUCUUCAGCAUAAAGACAGGGUGCCUCAAGCUACUGGAUCUGGAGAUCACCUUGGAGUUCUCAUCAUUGAACAGGAAACAAAGGUGUUGCAAGCUGAAGGCUCGGAACUGGUAUAAUUCCAGGCAUGGAUUAAUAGUGAAUAAAUACUCAACAGGAGUUGGAAGAAUUUGGGUAGCUGUUGUGUUCAUGUUCCGCUUACUGGUUUAUGUUGCAGCCGCAGAAGAUAUCUGGAAAUAUGAACAUGAUGAAUUUGAAUGCAAUAUCAAACAGCCUGGUUGUGAAAAUGUCUGCUUUGACCAUUUUUUCCCUGUCUCCCACAUCAGACUUUGGGCUUUGCAAUUAAUCACGGUCUCCACCCCUUCACUCUUGGUUGUUUUUCAUGUUGCUUACAGAGAGAACAGAGAGAAGCACCACAACCAGAAGCUUUACAGAAACCCAGGAGAGAUAGAUGGUGGAUUGCUGUGCACUUACCUAAUCAGCUUCAUUUUAAAAAUAGGAUUUGAAAUAGUUUUUCUUGUUCUGUUUUAUAAAUUGUACAAUGGAUUCAAAAUACCGCAUCUUGUGAAAUGUGACAUGAGACCAUGUCCCAGUAGCGUAGACUGCUAUAUUUCCAAACCCACAGAGAAGAUGAUUUUCCUCUAUUUUCUGGUGGCAACUUCAUGCCUGUGCAUCAUACUAAAUCUAAGUGAAUUGACUUAUCUAAUUUUCAAAUACUCCCCAAAAUGUUAUCUGAAGAGAUACAUGAAGAAACAGCAAGGCUCCAAAAGCAAUUGUCGCAAAUCAGAAAUCAUUGGUUACAACAGAGCAGCACCUGCAGGACAAUUCCCCGAUAGCUCCUCAUCUUUGCCUCUGAAUAUACGAGAUGAACAUGAAAAAUGUUCCCCGUUGACUUGAAAGAAGGCUGGAGACCACCCUCCCAUUACACAAGCUGCUUUUGACAAAUUGCUUUUCCCGAGUGCUUUACAGAACUGAAAGGAUAGUUACAGAGGAAAUACUGUUUCUCUACUAGUUCCCCAUUACUCUAGCUGAUAAAUUCAGUAACGUUAUGUAUGUCAUACAUAAAAUCAUCAAGAUCUUUUCAUGUUGAAACAAGAAGUGUAGAAGUCUGAGAAUCCCAUGAAGUUUUAAUAUAAACACAGAUGCUUAUGAUAAAUCAUGUGAAACAAUUGCUCACAGUUGUGUAUUGAAUAUUGCACAGAAUUGCUUUGGUACAAGCAAAAAGAGGCUUUUUAUAUGCAGAGGUGGAAGAACCUGGGACUGAUUAAGAAACUGAACAAUAAGGGGAUGUACAGCAUUUGUCAGGUGGGUGGAUCUGAUGACUGUUGCAACAGCAAUAGGAAAGUGCUGGUGUUUGAAGUGAACUAUGUAGUCACAUGCCCAUUCCACCAGACUAGAAAACAUACCAAAACCAGAAAAAAACAAGAAGAGGUAGACGCAUCUAUUUU